AUGCCCAUCCUUGCCUCUCAGCCCCGCCUGCCUCUGCCACUGUUGCUGCUGCCUCUGCUGCCGGCACUCGCAGGAAUGGCAAGUAAGGAAGAGCUGCAGGUGACUCAGCCUGUGAAGUCAGUGUCUGUAGCAGCUGGAAAUUCAGCCACUCUUCAAUGCAUUGUGACCUCCCUGCACCCUGUGGAGUCCAUUGAGUGGUUCAAGGGUACUGGACCACACCGGCAGUUGACAUACAGGUUCACAGGAGGCCACUUCCCACGGAUAACAAGUAUUUCAGACACCACAAGGAUAAACAACACAGACUUUUCCAUUCGCAUCAGUGACCUGACCUCAGCAGACGCUGGCACCUACUACUGUGUGAAGUUCCAGAAAAUGGGUUCUGUCGAUAAGGAGCUCCAGUCUGGACCAGGCACCCAGAUAUUUGUGCGCAUCAUUGAUGUGAAAUGGUUUGAGAAUGAUGUAGAGCUCCCAGCCUUCUGCACCCUCAUCUUCCUGCCUGAAGCCGCUUCUUCCUACACCAUGGUCACCACCCUAGUGAUCCUUGCCUCCUCCUCACUCCACUCCCAGGUCACCUGCCAAGUGGCCCACAGUGAACUGCAGAGCCCCCUCAGAGGGCACGUGAACAUCUCCCAGUUCCUCCAAGCGGCCAUCCUCACCUGCCAUGUGCGAAGGUUUUACCCCGAAGACAUGCGAAUAACCUGGCUGGAGAGGAAUGGAUGCUUCAAGAGUUGUGAGGCCCUUGUUCCCACCAAGAACCCAGAUGGCACAUUCAGUCAAGACAGUCACAUCCUGGUCAACACUUCGCAGCUGGAGGACGAAAGGGUGUUCACCUGCCAAGUGUUUCAGGACUCCCAGACACUGGUCCAGAAAAGCCUGCAACUGAGCAAGUUUAGAGACCAAGAAGUAAGCUUGGGUGAGUAG